UCCUCUCUAGCUUAGCUUGGAGAGGCCUCUUCCCAAGCUGAGCUGAGGCUGCCGCUGCCUCUCCCACCGCCACCCACCACCACACCCCACCCACCCACCUACCCAACCACUCCAGAGUCCAGACCAGAGCAAGGGAAAGAAAAAAAAAAGCGGGGAAGGAAAUCGCCCGGCGAAUCCACCCACCCGCCGCGAUGGAGGCCGCCGCGGCGCCCGCGCCCGCCUUGCUCGACGCCUUCUUCGCCGGGCCGCGCCAUCACCAGCUCCGCCCCGCCGCCGGAGCCGUAGCCGGCUGCAGAUCCGCGCGCCUGCAGGCCCAGCCGUGCCGCGCGGCCGCCCGCUUCGCGCGCGCCGACUGGCAGGCCGCCUGCGCCAUCCUCGCCAGCAACUCCGGCGGUAGCGGCAGCGGCAGCACCAGCCCCGACGCCGCCAGCGACGGCAGGCAGCCGGCGCCGCGGGUGAACGGGCAGAAGCCGCCGCCCGCGCCUGCCCCCGCGCUGGAGGCGGCGCCGGCGCCGGCGGAGCUGGAUCUGGUGCCCGUCUCCAACCUGCCCCGGCCGCUGAGCAUCAGCGACCUGUCCCCGGCGCCGAUGCACGGGUCGCAGCUGCGCGUGGCGUACCAGGGCGUCCCGGGCGCCUACAGCGAGGCGGCGGCCGCCAAGGCCUACCCGGGCUGCGACGCCAUCCCCUGCGACCAGUUCGAGGUGGCCUUCCAGGCCGUCGAGCUCUGGAUCGCCGACCGCGCCGUGCUCCCCGUCGAGAACUCGCUCGGCGGCAGCAUCCACCGCAACUACGACCUCCUCCUCCGCCACCGCCUCCACAUCGUCGGCGAGGUCCAGCUACCCGUCCACCACUGCCUCCUCGCGCUCCCGGGGGUGCGCCGGGAGCUCCUCACCCGGGUCAUCUCCCACCCGCAGGCGCUCGCGCAGUGCGAGCUCACGCUCAACGCCAUGGGGCUCAACGUCGCCCGCGAGGCCUUCGACGACACCGCCGGCGCCGCCGAGCACGUCGCCGCGGGCGGGCUCCGCGACACCGCCGCCAUCGCCUCCGCCCGCGCCGCCGAGCUCUACGGCCUCCAGGUCCUCGCCGACGGCAUCCAGGACGACGCCGGCAACGUCACCCGCUUCGUCAUGCUCGCGCGGGAGCCCAUCAUCCCGCGCACCGACAGGCCCUUCAAGACCAGCAUCGUCUUCGCGCACGACGCCGACGGCACCUCCAUCCUCUUCAAGGUGCUCUCCGCCUUCGCCUUCCGCGACAUCUCGCUCACCAAGAUCGAGAGCCGUCCGCACCGCCACCGCCCCAUCCGCCUCGUCGACGACGCCAACGUCGGCACCGCCAAGCACUUCGAGUACAUGUUCUACAUCGACUUCCAGGCGUCCAUGGCCGACGUCCGCGCGCAGAACGCUCUCGCCGAGAUCCAGGAGUUCACCUCCUUCCUCAGGGUGCUCGGCAGCUACCCCAUGGACAUGACGCCAUGGGAAGCCGCGCCCUCCUCCUGGUCCUCCCGCGUCGACAAUAGCAGCAGCAGCCGCCAGCACUAGUAGAGAUUGGCUGGUUGCUGAUCAUGAUCAAUCAGCCAAGGUAGCUCGCUCGAUCGAUCGAUCCACGGACGGAUCAAUCGAUCAAUCAAUGAAUGGUGAAUCGCCACGCUUCUGUUUAAUUAGAAAGAGGAAUGCGCAAGGAAAUGUUUCUUGGUUCUUUUAUUCGCUCUCGUUCUGGAGGAAGGUUGCAUUGCAUUUGGUCGAUGCUUCUCCUCGUCCUUGAUGCUCCUAGCUUUUCGAUUCUUGUGGUGAAAUCCGGAGAAACGGUGAAGUGAAUGGAGCUCCUGUUGUAUGCUGGGGGUGUAUGUAAUUACAGUAUAUUCUGUCUUGAAACCUUGGAAGAACCAAAUUCUUUGCAGCAACAGGCGUUGCUGGCUGCAUCCA